AUGCAAUCACACAACUCCUAUCGAUUCAUCGUUCUUGCUUCUACUCUGCUGAUCCUUCAGGCACUAUUCUUUCAGAGUUUCAUCUUUCAAAUUACCAAAGUGGAAGGAGUUCUUUUGAAAUUAGAUUUCAAGAAGAACAAACGAGUUUGCUUCCAAGAACAUUUGUAUGAGAGCACUCCAGUGAAAAUAAUUCUGAAAUUUCCUACAGAUGCACCCAAAUCAUCACCGACCGAUGUACAACAGGGAGGAGACAUUCGAGAUGUACAAAUUCGACUAUUUGGAACAGAUCCAGAAAAGAACGUAUACUUGGAUGCCCAUUACUUUUUACAGAGCUUACCAACCAUCAUUCAAAACGAAAAAGCAUUCAAGAUCAUUUCACAUAGUUUCAAAAGUUCUUCAUCUUUAUUUGGAAAUUAUAAAAUUUGUAUUGAGCAAGUAUCCAAUUUGAAAGAUGUUGAAGCGGAUGUUCAUAUCGAUGUUGGAAAAUCAGCUGAAGUAGAAUUUGAGGAAUUAGAGUCUGUUAAGCAUGUUAAAAAAAUUGAAACUCUCUUGAAAAAUCUGGGAAAUCAAAUCAACACAAUUACAACGGAACAGAAAUAUUUCAAACACCGCGAAGAGAGAUUUCGAGAAACCACAGACUCCACCUACGAAAGGUUAUGGAUCGUUGCAGUUUUACAAUUCAUCAUUCUUGUCAUGAGUGCAUGGUGGCAACUCUCAAGUCUCAAAACUUUUUUCAAAAAACAGAAAUUGAUUUGA